CCAGGGCGCAGCUGGAAGCGAAUAUGGUGAAGAUAUCCGUUAUAUUCGCCAUCUUCUUAUCAACAGCCUUCGUGACAGGAGGAGACGGGCCUCCACGAAGUCUUCUUCGUUACAUAAAGGGUUGGAAAUUCAAUUUCUUCAUGGUGCCGGGGAAGGCUCUUCAGAGAUCCAAAUCGCAGCAUAUUCUCACAACGAAUGUCACUAACUGUACUUGCAAGACUGCUUGCGUAGCAGUUGGUUGCAAGGCAUGGUCCAUCACACCACGGAACGAUGGUACCAAAGAAUGUCGACUGGAUACGGAUUCUCGCGCUGGACCCAUGGACACCACCCCGGAAGAUAUUCCAGACUCUGUCUACUUCUUCAGGGAAGAUUCCAUUCCAGGAAACUACUCACAGCCAGAGGAUGGCCUUCUUUACGUACACCUCAGGGGACGUAACGAUUACGCAUCUGGGAAGUCGUGCUGUUCCCGUAUUCCAGGACAUAGGCUCAUCAUCCUCAAGACCCUGAGGCAGAGGGAUUACGCUAUGAACCUCGCCAGCCAAUUUCAAGAGAAGGCUGUGAUGAUGGACCUGCGGAAAAACCUGACCACAUCCCCGACUUCCUACUUCUGGGGAGACGGGACGCAAUUCCUGGACACAGAGGUGAAACAAGUUCCAAUCCUUGGAUUGUCGACUUCUCAAGCAACCUGGAGAAGUGUCUACGUGCUCGAAGACUCGCAACUUAAAGAGAGGUAUCCGACUACAGAGGCCAGAAUCAUUUGUCAGGCGAAUCCAUUCGGGGUUGACUGGUAAUCAAGUCAAGUAAUUCCUCUGCGGCUUUGAUGCGUCAGCUACAAAAGUUUGAGACUUGGGAGGCAAUUAGCCCACCUGCUAUGCAUCCCUAGUCCCAUUCAAAUUCUCCAAUUCAAAUUUGGCAUUAUCUUAGAGCAGAGUUUCCACCCUAGUCCCAUUCAAAGUCUCCAAUUCAAAUUUGGCAUUAUCUUAGAGCAGAGUUUCCACCCUAGUCCCAUUCAAAGUCUCCAAUUCAAAUUUGGUAUUAUCUUUGAGCAGCGUUGCCACUUCUUCUUGUAUGGAUGAUUAAGUGAAGUGAAAAGGGUCACAGUGAAAAAAGGGGUUUGUCCAUCACUUCUCUUCAUCCAUUAUCACCAAAGCAAACCAACCAUAUCAAAACAUUAUACUUUUUAUUUCAUUUUAUUUUCAUAUGACCG